AUGCCGCCCGUCCGCACCGUGUCCACCGCGAAGCCCGUGAAGACGGAGCGCACGCACGAGGAGAACCAAGAGAGAGCAUAUAUUGCUGCUUCGAGGCGAAGCGACCGCAGUCUGGAGGCUCGCAUCGAGUCUGCCAGGAGGGCUUCGGAGAUUCACAAGAAGCGGACAGGCCGCGCACUGCGUGUCACCGAGCAAGACGUGGUCAAUGAAGAGAUGUACGAGGAGGAGGACGAUGACCUGCCGGCGCAGUAUCGCAGACUCACUGCACACCUGCAGACCAACUCGGCCGAUUUCAACCGCAAAUUGCAUGCAUACCUCGCAACGCACCAGGCAGGGCGCCAGGCCCUGUUCGAUCAAGCCAUCAUGGGCGGCUUCGGCCACACGUACCCGAACGCCCCCCAUUUCGCACCGCAAAUGAUGAUGCACCAGCCGCCCUACCAGCAGCAAAUGCUGCCUCCGCAGAUGAUCCACCGGUCACCUCAGUCAUUCCGCCAGGCUCCGUACCCGUCUCCGCAGCAACAGAACAAGCCUCUUCCGCACCAAAGGUCGCAGUCGUUCGCCGUACCGCAGGAUUUCCACUAUCCGCAGUCUACCGGCCCUGCCGCUUCGAGCCGAGCCGACUCGCUCACGCCCGAGCAGCAGCAGCAGCAGCGACGGAUGUCUAUGCCCGUACAGCCUGUCCGGGAUCCUUCAUUGUCGCCGACAGCUACCAGACCACCGAACCCUCACGGGAUGGUGGCAUCCAGGGACGGAUCGAAAGAUUCAUCCAGGUCGCCACCGUCCACUUAUGAGACGGUUCAGUCGCCAUACACUGCGGCAUCGACUCCUCAGUCUGCACACGCGCCGUUCAUCUUCAACCCGGGCUUUACAUUCAACAACUUCGAGGCCAGUACAGCCAACAUGAACUACAGCCCCUUCUCCAUGGCUCUCCCAACAGAGACGCAGCAGAUGCUCGGACCUUCGUUGGACCCGAACGACCCCCAAACGGCCAUGUUUAUGGCCAAUAGCGAGACGGUCCCGCAGCCCUUCUACAGCUACAACCCCAACUUGCCCACAAAGGGUCGUAUGCAGCACCACAACCAAGGCAUGAACCAGACACUUGCUCCUUCGAGUGGCCCAUUAAUGGACAUCAACCCCCAAAACCUAAGCUACAACAAUGCGCUUUCCUAUCCGACAGCGUCCGAGGAGAUGGCAGCGGCGUUCAACCCGUCGUUUGGAUUUGACGCAACCUACGCGGAGCCGGUCAAGCCAAGCAGCAUGUCUCGGCAAGUCAGCCAGCAGGGCAGCUCCGGGCUCAUCACUCCUGGCGCCGAGUGGUCCAACUUCAUUGAUGGCACGCUUUUCGAAGAGAUGCCAGCAUCUCAAUAA